AUGUCGCGCGGAAAACCACUGUUCACAGUUCCAAUCGGCACAAAGGGCAAGGUUGAGGUCACCUCGCCCGCUGAAAAGGUCUAUGUCGUCGCAUUCGGCUCGCCGCCGGAUAAUCGCCUCGUGACCGACUUUUGCGAGGCCAUCUUGCUGGCGCUGGACAUUCUCGAGACGAAAUACCAGCACGGCGUCGUCAUUACUACCUCGUUGAUCGAGAAGUUCUACAGCAAUGGCUUGGACUUGGAGCACGCCAUGCAGCCCGGCUUUUUUGCGAAUGUUUUGUUCAAGUUAUGGCGGCGCAUCUUGAUCUACCCAAUGCCUACCAUUGCUCUGAUCAACGGCCACGGUUUCGCUGGCGCUCUCAUGACAGCCAUGAUGCACGACUAUCGCAUCAUGAACCCGCACAGAGGCUACCUCUGCUUGAACGAGGUUGAGCUGGGCGUCCCAUUACGACCAGCAAUGUCAUCCAUCUUCCGGCAGAAGUGUUCGCCGACUGUCUAUCGGACUCUGGUACUCGAGGGCAAGCGAUUCAAGUCACUGGAUGCACUGAAGAACGACAUCAUCGAUGGCGUUGGCGGUCUGGAGGAAGUGCUUACGUUCAUCGAAGAGCUGAAGCUGACCAGCAGGCCCGACAAGGGAGUAGUCGGAGAUCUGAAGAGGGAGAUGUGGCGGGAGACAGUCAAUUUCCUGGAGAACGACGAGCGCGAGUCCGAGCGAUUGCGCAAGGCGAGUGAUAGGCUCGAUGCGGAAGCUGCAGAGCGGGAGAAGAAGAUCCAGGCGUGGUCGGCAAAGGUACAGGCAAAGUUGUAG